AUGGCAGAAGACGAAAUUUUUAAAUACCUGGGCCAGGUAUCAAAAAUCAUUACGACGACGUACAAAGGUGACCCAAAUGGUCGCGAUGCUUUUAUAACAUCUAUUGAACUAGCAAACACGAUUACAAAAAGUGACUUCAAACAACAUCUAAUUCAAUUUAUAAAGACCAAAUUAGAGGGAAGAGCGUUAGAAACCUUGCCUGAAAAUGUUGGGACGGUAGAAGAGAUAAUACAAGCAAUAAAAGGAAAAAUCAAACCAGAGUCCAGUAAAGUAGUGCUAGGUCGAUUCCUAGCCUUACGCAAUGAACGCAAUGCCAUGUCCAAAUUCCAAGAGCAGGCUGAAAAUCUAGCUGACGAAUUAAGAAGAGCGUACAUAUCAGAGGGUAUGACCCACAACCUAGCCGAAAAAACUACUAUUGAAAAAACUGUAGAAAUGUGUAGGCUCUCGGCGAGAACAAACUUGGUAAAAUCAAUUUUGGCCUCGAGUGAAUUUAAAGAACCAAAAGAAGUAGUAGCCAAAUUAAUUACCGAAACAAAUACAGAAAACAACGAGGUACAAAUCCUAUACUACACGCGCAAUAACAACAACGGACGCGGCAGAUACAACAAUUUUAGAGGAACAAAUUGGCAAAACCGACAGAACACAAACUGGCAAAACAGACCGAACGGACAAUACCGAAAUAAUAACAACUAUCGCGGAAAUUCCCAACGUGGUAACAAUAACAACAGAAAUAAUAACAAUUACCGCGGACGUGGAAAGCAAAAUUAUUCACAAAAUAACAACUAUCAAAAUCAACAGAAUCGAAACAAUGGAAACAGAAAUAAUACACAAUUC